GAGUUAAACAAGGCAUCUAUGGGUUCACUGGAACCACUGAUGCAAAGGGGCUUUGGUCCCAGCAGUGACAUUCUGGGCUGAUGUCUGACCCCAGGAGUGGCAUCUGAAGGGUCAGACAGGAAAGGUUCCAUAACACCUGGUAUUGUGGGUUUCCACCAUCAACAUAUGAAUACAUGCACUAAAAUCUACUGCAUUUUCUAAUACUGCCAUGCCAUUAGUUCUAUGCCUGCUUCAAGGAUAUUCCAGGGCUUUUUCAAGUUGAUAUUGAACUGGCUAUGAAGAAACUGUAGGAACUAGAAAUCCUCAUGCUUCAACAGGAAUAUGUUGACUUCUGGGGGUCAGGGAAAUAUUCCUGUAUAAGCUUCCAAACCCAGUAUUGAAUCACUGUCAGUCAGGUGGAUAAGUUGGAGGCAAUGAGAUUUUUUUGUAAAAUAAAAUGAAAAGAGAACAGAUUUCAAUGUCUCUCCUUUCACAACUGCCUCCUCCUCUCCACUAACACACACCUAAAUAUGAAGUGCCCUAUGAAAAUGUCAGCAGCAACAUUUUUCUCUCCUCAGGAUGUUCUGCAAUAGCUAAUUAAAAGGAUUUCUUGUGUUUUGUACCUGUCCUGUCCUGCUCACUGUGAAGCACAGCGUUAUGUGAAGUUCUCUCCAGCUCUUCCAGAGAUGUAGCUGCUGUAAUGGGGAGGGAGGUGUGAGUGAGCAGUUCCCUUGCAUUUUAUAAAUUCCAUGAAGUUUUGAAUCAAGCCUGAUAAACUCCUAAGGAAACAGGGAGAGCUGCCUGUAUUUUUCAGACUUUAAUUCCAGUCCUAAUGAAAACUGAGCUUGGAAUAGUAGCAACCAGCCGUUUUCAAGCCACGGGGGCUUAAAAUAGAUGCAUUUAGGACUUGAGACUUAUUACACCAGUGUCCCAUGAGUGUAAGAUUCUUGCACACUGUUACAGCCUCUUGCUUUCAUUUUAUAUGAAAGGAUGCAGUAUUCCAGCAGUUCUGUUUUGUGUAAUUAUACCUUGGUUUCUUGCUGCAAGAUCUAAUAGACUUCUGCCUAGCCUGGUUAUGGUUUGAUCAAAAGGAAAUUUGUUGCAAAUUGCAGGAUAUAGAGAAUGACUUUAAAUCAGAAAGUAACAGAGGAUCAGAAAACCUUUACAGUAGCCUCUGGAGAGCUGAACCUAUACAGGAUAGGUUUUACCUGCAGUGGAGGUGGGUGACACAAGUGGCCUCACCUUCCUUCCCUUUUGGGCAUCCGGUUCCAGGAGAACCACAGGGACAAGACAUCUCUUCUGCUUUCCUGGUGCAAAUACAUGAAGCAAUAUGCUGUUUGCUGUGUAUGAGCAUCUGGAUACCUGGAACUGAGAGCUGUCUACGUACAAGAGACCCCUGGCCGCUUUUCCUCCACAGCACGUCAUUCCCAUGCCCUCUCCUAACAUGUCCUUGUUUUCCCACUAGUGAGCAACUGUGCUCUGCCUUUGGCUGCAGUCCCACAUCCCUAGAACUGGCUCAGUUUCGGCUUUCUGUGGGCGAUUUAUGGAACAUGCAAGGAAACAGAGGAUGACUUGCUGGCAGGAGCGCUCCAGGUGCUGGAGCUGCCUGGCUCCGGCUGCAGGGCAUUAGGACCCAGGGGUUGCCGAGUGGAGGAGGCUGAAUUCCCUCCCGCUGUCAUCCUCCUGCCUCUGCAGCUUUAUCCCUACAGCCUUCAAUGGUGACGGACUCCCUCCCACCCGGGCUGGCAGCCAGAGCCAGAAGGCCUCGCUAGGACCGGAUCCCUGCAGCUCUAUGGCAUCUCCCAGGACUAUCACCAUUGUCGCCCUCUCAGUGGCCCUGGGGCUCUUCUUCGUCUUUAUGGGGACCAUCAAACUGACCCCCCGGCUCAGCAGAGAUGCCUACAACGAGAUGAAACGAGCCUACAAAAGCUAUGUGCGGGCCCUGCCCAUGCUGAAGAAGAUGGGAGUCAGCUCCAUCCUCCUCCGCAAGACCAUCGGUGCCCUGGAAGUGGCGUGUGGCAUUGUCAUGACACUGGUGCCUGGUCGCCCCAAAGACGUGGCCAACUUUCUCCUGCUCCUCCUCGUGCUGGCUGUGCUCUUCUUCCACCAGCUCGUGGGGGACCCCCUCAAGCGCUACGCCCACGCCCUGGUGUUUGGGAUCCUGCUCACCUGCCGCCUGCUCAUCGCCCGCCAGCCCGAGGAGCUGCCGCCCGAGAAGAGGAUGCUGUCGGUGAACGGGGAUGAGCAGCCACUCAUCCACGAAGCAGCUCCCGAGAAAGGCAAGAUGAAGGUAUCCUAGCUGAGUGCAUGUGAGAAACACGGACCCUCGAGGCAGCUCUCUCCAAAAUCACCGGGAAAAAUUUGGUUUUUAUUUUAAACCUAUUUGUGUUUUGGUUUUUUUUUUUUGUCUGUCUAAAUAAAGUUGCACUUGGGGUCUGAGAGAUACAAGGUA